GAUCCACCUAAGGAAGAAGAGAAGGCCUGGGAGAAAGGGGAACCAGAAUCUGCAUCGGUGCUGGUGGCGGUGGUUCUUCUCGAGCCUGUUUUCCUCAAUUUUGUCCUCCCCCAAAACACCCCUCGCGGUUCACCCCAUUGAUCUUGGCAAUCAUCAUGACUGCUCAUGGCUUCUUACUGGACUUGUGGGCUUUGAUGGGCUUUGGUGUCUUCCUGCUGGUUCGUGGUCAGCACCCCCAAGGCGGCAACGCCGACAGUGGACGCUGGAGGCAGAUGAUCCAAUGGGAGAACAAUGGCCGACUCUACAGCCUCUUGAACUCAGGCUCGGAGUACGUCCCUCCCAGCCAGGUGAGGGCAGACAGCAGUGCCCGGGUCAUGCUGGCUGAUGCCGCCAGUGCCACCCAACAAGGCCGACGGGUCACAGGGAAUACUCGCCGACAAGCCCCCACUUUGCCAGUCAGGGCAGGAUCGGAUACCGUACGAGGACAGACACGCCACCCCUUUGGCUUUGGACAAGUACCAGAUAACUGGAGAGAUGGGCCUACGGGAGACAGCAACUCCCAACGUCCCCGGUCACCCACCACGGCCCGUCAACGCCAGCUUGGCUCUGCCUCUUCGGCUUCCUCUUUUUCACACGCCUCUUUUGGACAACUCUAUCCACAGGCUUCGCACCCUCAGCCGCCUUUCGUCAAUCAGUACGAGACCUACGACGCUCAGGUCCCCCGGGCGUACGACGAAAGCUACACCUAUUACCGCACCGCUGGAGGGGGUGCAGUGGCUGCAGCCGCAGCCAGUGCGGGGGUCAUAUACCCUUUCCAGCCCCGGGUGAGAUACGAAGAAUAUACAGAGGAUCAGAGCCCUUACAGAGCUCAAGGAUACUACCCUGCCCAGGAGAGACCCUACAUCCCGGUGGCUCAACAGCUUCCAUCUUCUGAUGGCUUAGACCGAAGGUACUCACACAGUCUCUACCACGACACUGGAACUAGCUAUGACCAAAGUGUGCAGGACCCAUAUGCCUCUGCCCCAAACCAACCCUCCGUUGGCCAAGGGGUUCCAGUUGCAGACAACUUGCACAUCAAUCCUGGAUCUCCUACAAAUACAGGUGCCAGGUAUGGGAACGAACCAUGGGCGGGGCAAUACCCGCCUUUCGGGGAUGUGCCCGCGGAGCCCUACAUCCCCCCUCGCAAUGUGGAGCCUCAGCCGCCUUUCCGGCCCUUAGACCCCCAUGGGGUUCCUCGGCCCGAACCCUACCUUCCCAUCCGGAACGAACCUCCCCAAGCGAUUCCAGACAGCCAAGGUGUUAACCAAGCCCGGGUGAGCGUGGGCAGCAUCUACAGACCCAAUCAGAAUGGACGGGGCCUUCCAGACCUCGUUCCUGAUCCAAACUACGUCCAGGCAUCCACUUACGUCCAAAGGGCUCACCUCUACUCCCUCCGUUGUGCUGCUGAAGAGAAAUGUCUUGCAAGCACUGCCUACACCUCUGAAGCAACAGACUAUGAUGUCCGGGUACUUUUGCGUUUUCCCCAGCGUGUGAAGAACCAGGGCACCGCGGAUUUUCUACCCAACCGGGCACGUCACACCUGGGAGUGGCACAGCUGCCACCAGCAUUACCACAGCAUGGAUGAAUUCAGCCAUUAUGACCUGCUGGAUGCCUCUACGGGCAAGAAAGUGGCCGAGGGCCACAAAGCAAGCUUCUGCUUGGAAGACACCACCUGUGACUUUGGGAACCUGAAGCGCUACGCCUGCACAUCGCACACACAGGGGUUGAGUCCUGGUUGUUAUGAUACUUACAAUGCAGACAUCGAUUGCCAGUGGAUUGAUAUCACUGAUGUACAGCCUGGGAACUAUAUCCUAAAGGUUCAGGUGAACCCCAAAUAUAUUGUGAUGGAGUCAGACUUCACUAACAAUGUGGUGAGGUGCAACGUUCACUACACUGGGCGCUACGUGGCCACGACGAACUGCAAAAUCUCCCAGUCUUGAUCCCAACCAAGAUGGAAUAAGGCUCCCUUCCCGCAAAUCCAAACAUCUCUCAAGCAGGUGGCCCCCAAAGAGGAAAUGGCUUGACGUAGGCCAGCAUCUACAGGAGAUGGAAACUGUUCCAUUGCUUUGUGUUGAGUUAAAAUGAGAGUUGUCACU